CCAUGAUCCUUUGGGUGUACUCCUCCCUUUGUCCGCAUGCCCGCAUAGCCUACCAAAGCGCGUGUCCGACCAUUGUGCGUGCAAAUAGAAGAACACUGCACUGCUGAAAAUCUAACGUCGACGAAGAAUCGAAUCAUGGCCUCUGGUGUGACCGUAACGGACGAUGUCAUCACCGUCUUCAACGAGAUGAAGGUGCGCAAGGCGGCCGCCACCGAGGAGGAGAAGAGGAUGAGGAAGAAGGCGGUGCUGUUCUGCCUGAGCGACGACAAGAAGAAGAUCAUCCUGGAGGAGGGCCGCGAGAUCCUGCAGGGGGACGAGGGCGACCCCUACUUGAAGUUCGUCAAGAUGCUGCCCCCCGACGACUGUCGCUACGCUCUCUACGACGCCACCUACGAGACCAAGGAGACGAAGAAGGAAGACCUCGUGUUCAUUUUCUGGGCUCCUGAGAGUGCCCCUCUGAAGAGUAAAAUGAUCUACGCCAGCUCCAAGGAUGCCAUCAAGAGGAAUUUCACAGGCAUCAAACACGAGUGGCAGGUGAACGGCCUAGAGGAUAUCAAAGACCGGAAAACCCUGGCGGAGAAGUUGGGAGGCUCCUCUGUAAUAACCGUGGAGGGUGGCGCCUUAUAGAUCCAUGAAUCUCUUCUCAGCAGGGUUGCAGGGGUAUUGACAUAAACAACUACAAAACAAA